UCCGCCAUUUUGUACGUAGCUGGCGGUGAUUCAGGGUUCGCUUUCCCGGCUAAGUGUUUAUUGCGUGAAAAAACUGGAAAACUUCGAUCAAUUACUUUCUUAAACUGACUGCAGGCUAAAAAGACAAAAAAGUGAUACGAUUUUGCUUCUGUACCAAGUGCUUUCGUGAUUUGUGUGUGCCCUGUAAUUGGAGCGCGUGGCUGGUUACUCUUUGUUGUUGGAUUCUGCGUAAAAUAGGUUAAAGUUGGGGCAGAAAACAGUUCGGAUAACAGAGUGACAUAGUGUGCAUAGUCAGCGUGCAGGUGUGUGACGGCGCUGCCGUAAGUGCGUGUCAGUGCUGUGUUGUGGACGCGUGUGUACAGUGACAGUGACGGUGGUGUGUGUGUGCGUACGCGCGUCCGAAGUGGCGCCGACGCGAGCGUCAACUCAAUGCCGGUGCGCCGAUGGAUCGGUGAUCGCAGCCUGACUACGUCACAAGAGCAGCGCUGGUAAAAUGAGCGCGGCGAGACCAAGACCGUUUUGCGAACUUCAACCCUAAUGACAUUGAAAUUGUGACGCGCUGCGGAGCGGUAGUUAAAGCGGCUCUGCCGCUUUAAAUGGACAAACGCAAGAUGCUGCCAAAGAGAGCGCGUAUGGAUAGCAUGCGGGGUCCUAUCGCAAAUGGACCCCUGCAGUCGAGGCCCCUAGUGGCAUUACUCGACGGUCGAGACUGUACCGUCGAGAUGCCAAUACUGAAGGACGUGGCAACGGUAGCGUUCUGCGACGCGCAGUCCACUUCCGAAAUACACGAGAAAGUCCUUAACGAGGCCGUGGGCGCGCUCAUGUGGCACACCAUCAUCCUUACCAAGGAAGAUCUAGAGAAGUUCAAGGCACUUCGGAUCAUCGUGCGCAUAGGUUCCGGAGUCGACAAUAUAGACGUCAAAGCGGCUGGCGAACUAGGGAUAGCAGUAUGUAAUGUACCGGGCUACGGUGUGGAGGAGGUAGCGGACACGACGAUGUGUCUCAUAUUGAAUUUAUACCGACGGACGUAUUGGCUCGCCAAUAUGGUACGGGAAGGGAAAAAAUUUACAGGUCCAGAGCAGGUCCGCGAGGCGGCGGCGGGCUGCGCUCGCAUCCGCGGCGACACGCUCGGCAUCGUGGGGCUCGGACGCAUCGGCUCGGCCGUCGCGCUCCGAGCCAAGGCGUUCGGCUUCAACGUCAUCUUCUACGACCCCUACCUGCCCGACGGCAUCGAGAAGUCGCUAGGUCUCACCAGGGUCUACACGCUGCAGGACCUCCUAUUUCAAAGUGACUGUGUGUCAUUGCACUGCAGCCUAAACGAACACAAUCAUCACCUCAUAAAUGAAUUUACUAUCAAACAGAUGCGCCCAGGCGCGUUCCUGGUGAACACGGCGCGCGGCGGGCUGGUGGACGACGAGGGGCUGGCGGCGGCGCUCAAGCAGGGCCGCAUCCGCGCCGCCGCGCUCGACGUGCACGAGAACGAGCCCUUCAACGUGUUCCAGCAGGGCCCACUGAAGGACGCGCCCAACGUGCUGUGCACGCCGCACGCCGCCUUCUACUCGGACGCGUCGGCGCAGGAGCUGCGCGAGAUGGCGGCGUCGGAGAUCCGGCGCGCCAUCGUGGGCCGCAUCCCGGACUGCCUGCGCAACUGCGUCAACAAGGACUACUUCCUGGCCGGCGCCGCGCCCGUGCUGGCGCCGCCCGCGCCGCCCAUCCCCGCGCCGCAGCCGCCGCCCGCCACCUACAGCGAAGGCAUGAACGGCGGGUACUACGGCGGCGGGGGCGCGCAGGCGGCGCACUCCACCACGGCCGUGCACGAGGCGCCCGCGCUGCCGCCGCAGCCCGCGCCGCAGCCGCCGCCGCCGCAGCCGCCCAUAACGCUCCCGAUCAACACUUCGGACCCGGCGAACCACCAGAUGAAGCAAGAGAGCUCCGACGUCCACUAGGCGACACGCUACGUUACAGUACCGUACAGCGCCGAGCAAAAAAUAUACAAACAAUAGUUUUAUUGAUUCCAUCGCAACUAUGUCAUAAGUACCUACGUCGUAAGCCAACGAGUGAUAUAUUAUGUGGAGCGACGUUUGCAUACGCAUGCGAUUAGAUUAGACGAAACCAAACAGCUAGAGAGACCGAUACUACACGCAGGCGAGAACUGGAGCUACGUUCACACACGUCCUAAACCGUCAGUGCUCAAAGACAUUGCAUUGUAACACGACACAGGGGUGAACUACUACAAAAUGUAGCUUUACAGUGACGAACGUGAUGGUAUUCGGGUGUUUUGAAUAUAUAUUUUUUUGCAAAAGAAAACAAAAUCGAUCCUGUCCAACGGACGCGAUGCUUACGGACUUUAUGAUUAUAAGUAUAGAUGUGAAUGAAGAAAAGUAAUGUAUAAGUGAAGCGUGUUGGUGCAAACGUCGUGUAUUUGAGCGAAUAGUUGAUUCUGUGUUUGUAUUUGGUAAGUUGGGACAGCUAUAUUAUAUACUGUUAUGUGAAAUGCGUGCAACAAUCGCAGGACGAUGUAUGUAUGAGGUGUAGGAGGGGACGAUGUAUCGAACGAGGUUUUUUUGUACAUUUUUUUCCAUGUACGAAUGUUCUCUUUGUUGACAUUAAGUGAAAUUAUUGGAUUGAUUCAAUGAUAUUGUAAUGUACAGAACGAAAAGAAUGGUAGAAAUUUAGAUAUCAGACUGUAAAGUAUAGAUUUGAGAAUGGAUUGUAUUAUAAGCAAUUGAAACGGACGGCGUCGUUACUCUACUUGAACAAAUAACUAAUGUCACGUGUCGACGCACCGGGAUGUACUACUGGUUUAGUAAUUUAGUUAAUUGUGUUAUUGAGACGUGCAAUCAUAUUUAAAUGUGAUUCGCUAAAAUAAUAAGUCUGAUAAUUAUAAUAAUUGUGGAUUCGAUGGAUCGCCCCCUCCGUGUGUUCAGCAUUUGUUCGCAUUUGUACCGCCCGCUCCGAGAGGCGUGCUCCGUGCAGGCGCACGUGCAUACAAAACUGUUAAUUUUUAAGUAUCAACAAUGGAUUGUAGAAUUCUAUCAUCACACUAAUUAACGAGUAAACAGGAGGACUUGUGUUUUUUUUUAUUAAUUUGAAUUGUACAAAAUCACGCUUUCAUUUGAUUAUAUAUAUAUAUUUUUUUCUUUUCUAAAUAGAAUUAAGUAAAGGAUUUGUACAUGAAACGGAACACCAAUAAAUUAGACCGAAACUCAAUAGCGGGCCGCACCCGAUUAAAUCCGACGAUCGUGAGAAUUGGUAUUUAAAAUUAGUAUUUACUUACAGUUUAGUUUAAUGACAAAAAACAAUGUGUAUAUUUUAUGAGAAAGUGAAAAAGUUCUUAAAUAAAACUAUUGUUUUCGGAUUAAUGA